AUGACGCUCCGGAACCAGGAGAUGGGGUGCACGCCACCUCGCGAGCCGCGAUUCAGAGGACGCGCGUCACUCUGCAAUUGGCAUCCUCGCGCGCAAAGCAACGCCCGGACACCCGCCUCAUUUACGCCCUCGCCAACUUCAAUGGAGUCCUCGUCCAAUCUGGCCCAGCUGCGUCCGCACAAGACGCGUGAGCUGCUCGCGGCUGCUCCCAAGGUGGCGCGCGCGCACCAGCAGAGCAUCUUCCAGAGCAUGUGGAUUGGCGCUACCGCCGGCAUGGGCGGCAUCAUCGCCGUGUACCCCGUGGACGUGGUCAAGACGCGCAUGCAGAACAGCCGGGUAGCCACUAGCGCCGUGCAGACGCUCACCACCAUCUUCCGAAAGGAGGGUGUUGGCUCCUUCUACAAGGGCCUGGGCCCGCAGCUUUGCGGCACCAUUCCGGACAAGGCUGUGUCCCUCGCUACGCGUGAGUUUGUCAAGAGCUUCUUCGACAAGCCCAACGAGUUCAAGGCCUCGUUCACGUCUGCGGCUGUCUCGGGUGUCAUGCAGUCCAUUGUCAUGAACCCUGUCGAAGUCGUUAAGGUGCGCAUGCAACUGGACAGCACGUUGAAGCCGCUCGGAGUCAUCCGCGAGCUGGGAAUGCAGGGUCUUUACCGAGGAUACACAGCCUGCCUCUCUCGAGACGUUAUGUUCGCCUCCACGUACUUCACGCUGUACGAUAUGGCCAAGACGCAGCUGGGAGUGCAGGACGGCACGUCGCUCGGCUGGUCGAUGGUCGCAGCCUCGACGGCUGGAAUUCCCGCUGCCUUCCUGUCGACGCCUCUGGAUCUACUGAAGACACGCAUGCAGUCGCGUGACGCCACGGUCCACGGCCUCAUGAACACGUACAGACAGGUGACUGCUCAAGGCGGCGUCGGCGCGCUCUUCUCCGGCUGGGGGCCUCGAGUGACCCGCAUUGCGCCACAGUUUGGUAUCGUACUGGUGUCCUUCGACUGGCUGUCGCACCGCUUUAGCCCCGCUGUUGAGCACCUUCCUGAGCCUGCAGACACAGACGCGUACGCCGACUACUAA